AUGCGCGCCUCCAUCUUUGUCUCCGCUAUUGCUUUCGCCGUUGCAUCGGCUCAGGACUCGUCCUCCACUCCUUCAUCCUCCAUCGACCCUGCUCCCCAGACCACCUACCUCACGCAGACCAACUCUCUCGGUGUCGUAACUGGCAUGCCUGCGGCUGAUACCUCCAUUGCUACUCAGCCCGACGCCGUCACUAGCCAGCCCGCUGCCGUCACCACUCAGCCAGUACCCGCUGACAUCCCCGCUGUUGGCCCUGGUGUCCACACUCUUACUCUUGCUGGCACCGGCACCGGCUCCAUGGUCAACUCCACCCGCACUGUCACCGUCAGCGCCAACAGCAGCACCACCGUCGCCCUUGUUGCCUCACCCACCAGCUCUGAUGCUGCUGCCAGUGGCUCCGGCGCAUCUGGCAGCGGUGCUGACGCCUCAGGCUCUGGCGCCUCUGCUACUGGCUCUGGUGCUGGUGCUGACGCCACUGGUGCCGCCGUCAACGUCAAGGCUGCCGCUGGUAGCCUUGUUGGCUUUGGUGCCUUCAUGGCCGCGCUCUUGUAA